CUUUUCUCUCUCUCGCUCUCUCUCGCUUCUUCAUCCUCGACCUUUUGCUCAGCGUCCCUUCAGCGUCGUCUCCGCCGUCUCUGCGCCUCUAGAAAGCCCCCCUCGCUGCGUCUCACCCGUCCUCGUCUGCCUCCUGCGUCCCCUCGCUCCCGGUUCGCUCCGUCGAAGAGCAGUCAAAAAAAAAAGGGACUCCUCGCUCCUUGGUCGCCGCAGUUCUCCCAGCCGGAUCCCCAUGGGCUUGCGAGGCCCCUGAUAACCCAGGUACCUUUCUUUCUUUUUUUGUUUGUAAGACGGGGUCGUCGUCGUUGUUUUCUUUCUCUUUUUCCCUCCUGCGUCGUCUCGUCGGUCGUCCUUUUAUUUUUUCUCCCUGCGGAUUCCGGAAAUUUAUAAGCAAAAAGAAGUGCGCUGGAACUCGAUUCUCUUCCCUCGCCGCAACCACCGAGUCCAAACAGACACAGACAACCACAACCACCUACGUUAAUCAUGGCAUACUACGAACCCCAGGGAUGGCAGGCUCCCAUGCGCCAGGCCUCGUGGGAAGCGUCGGCGCCCCCUUCACGGUCAGGCACUAGCUCGACCGUCCAGAGAGAACCCGAGUCCAACGCCUUCGCCUCUCAAUUCGAUGAGGUGGAGCGAGCCAUCGAUAACCUGUCCAAGAGCGGGAAGACCUUUGGAGGUCUGCCUCGUCGGGACUCGAUGCCGAUGAUGAUGGGUCGACCUUAUGAUUUCACCGGUAUGUCUGUGCCGAAGUCAUGACGAUCGAGGAUGGCUAGAAGAGAUGACGCUGGCAGUUGGUUGUGUUGGUUGCUAAUGAUGAAUCUGCGUUGGAUGUCCAGAUCCCCGUGCUAUGGGCCCAAUGGCACCGUCCCGUCACCAUUCAAUUGGCGACUACGAUGCCAUGCGUCCGCACUCGGCCUCGAACCUGCAGGGCUUCUACGCCGCUCAACGCUUCCAGGGCCGUCCGAACGAGACCGAACAGAUGAUCCAGGCAAAGCGUCGACUGGCUGCCCAGCGCGAGAGAGAGCUACGCAAUUACCACCAAGAACAGCAAUACAAUCGAAGUACGUGAUACUGUUAUCAUACCUUCAUUCCUACACGGCUGCGAAGCUAUCCAACCAACCCUUACAUCUCGGACCUACUUCUUAUUCUUCUUCUCUUUAUUUUAUUCCCUUUUUUGUAUAUUGUUUUAUAUGGAUCUGUACUUAUCUUUAUCUUCCUUGGCUUUGUGUUCGACGGGAAAAAAGGCCUUCUCGCCGACAUCUCAGGGGACAAAUCCGACCGAUCCAUGAGCCCAGCGGCCAUGACCGAAGAGAGCCGCCGUGACCUGAUUGCCCGCCAGCACCGUGCUCUGUACGGCAACGACUCCGCCCUCCAGACCCCCAGUGCCGGCCCAGGCGACGACUCCCACUCGCAGGCCGCCGGCACCCCGACGACAGGCCUCCCCAGCGCCGGCCGCGGAGCCUCACCCCGAGGCGUCGACCCCUUUCUCGGCGGCCAGCCCCAUGCCGACAGCCAGACCCAGCAAGCCACAUCGGGAGCCAACGUGCCGUGCUCGGUAGCUCCUCGCACGCGCUCGCCUCCCUCA